UUGAAAGAGUCUGAUUCAGCGUGCCGCAGUGAUGAGUGUAGUGCUGUUGCUAGCGAUAAUAUCCGGAAUUUUGUUCGCGAUCGGAGUGGAAGUGUGCUUGCGAGAGGCAUACGGAACGUGCUAUUUGUUCUAUUACUCGAAACCAUAUUCGCAUUUUUGACUGCACUCUCGGCAAUAUGUUAUCUGAUUGUGGUAUGUCUUGUGGAACGUCGUACGAGAGGUGAGAAUAAAUACGACGACGGGAAUAUACGUUAUACGGUCGAGAGGUCAGAGCAAGGCACGUAUCACUACGAUCGCCCAUCGAUCGGUAUCGCAAGCCCGAGCGAUUUCGACAAUCGUAGUCGAUUCGCUGAAAUCGCACACCAAAACCCUCUUCAAACUGAUUUGUGA